AUGGCCAACUUUCGUAUUCCAGCAUGGAAAUACAAUUAUGUGCGCGAGGUUUGCAGUGAUGGAAGCCUCAAAACGCAAGAAAUCCAGAUUCCAUACAUUAGCCUUGAGAAUGCAAAGCCGCCAAUCAUUGCCCGAUACCUUGAGCAGAAGAAUGCGGCUUACGAAGUUUUCCUCAUCAGAGAUUUGUCAACUAUAGUCGACGAUCUAGGCCGAUCGCCCACUCCGGCCGAAGCCCACGGUGCGAUUGUCGGACCCAACGAACAAUCUUUUCGCCCGGUAUGGGUCUUUGAGGAUGGGGGAGAUAUCAACCUGGAACCGCCCUAUUACGUCGAUGUUUUUGAUCUCAAUGACUAUGAUCAACUCAAGGUCAAGGCGUCUACAAUCUGUUGGGUACCUCACUUGGAAGAUUCAAGUGGAAAUCUCAUUACUCUGCUCAAGGGCUUUCCAAAACCCACCAAGUCAAAGACUUUGGGGGUCCGUGUUCUCAUUCAAGAGCCUGGUAAUCCUGAAGCCACCAAGCUGGCCUGGAAGCCGGUGACUGAACUCAGAGGCCAUUGCCGUGAGCUUGACUCGAAUACAAAGAGAAUUCUUUUCGAAGAUCAGCUCGCCGCUCUACGGGCGUGGCUGGCGCAGCUGGCACCUCCAGAACCUACAGUUGUUGACCCAGUAGCCCCAGUGGAAGAGAUCCGUACUAUUCUGCAGGAGAACAUGGACUCUCUGAGAUGGUCGUCCAUGAGGCGCCUGCCCACCCCGGAUGCAUCUGAAGAUCCGCCUUCUGGUGAUGAUGCGUAUUCUGACUGGACUGACGUGGACCGUAGCAACACCCCCAUGAGUAACAAAUCCGACGAGGAAAUGGUAGAAGAGCUAUCAGAUGAUGAGGCCUUGGCGCCACGGAGUAAUGUAUGUUCCUCGCCCAGAAUUCAUACUCCCACCACGGCUAUUGUGAUGGUACCUAAUACACUAGUCUAG